AUGCCUUUGGCUAAAUCCGCUGAACAGGUUGGUAAAGUAGAAUAUGAGAAGCUAAUAAAUAGAUCUGGUAAGGCUAAACAAAGCACUCUGGAAGAAACUAUUCAUAAAAUUCUCCAAAGUGAACUUAAAUUAAUUUUUCCUAUAUUGAUUUCUCAAGACUCUGUUUCUAGUUCCAAUAAAGCUAAUACAUCAAAACAAGUGCCUUCUAUUCAGAAGAAGACAGAGUUUCAGAGUGAUAAG